AUGAGCUCCCUGGCGGCUGCCCCCGUGUACCCUCCCAACGGGUCCGGUAAGAGCUCCCUGGCGGCUGCCCGCGUGUACCCUCCCCACGGGUCCGGUAAGAGCUCCCUGGCGGCUGCCCGCGUGUACCCUCCCAACGGGUCCGGUAAGAGCUCCCUGGCGGCUGCCCGCGUGUACCCUCCCAACGGGUCCGGUAAGAGCUCCCUGGCGGCUGCCCGCGUGUACCCUCCCAACGGGUCCGGUAAGAGCUCCCUGGCGGCUGCCCGCGUGUACCCUCCCAACGGUCCGAGCUCCCUGGCGGCUGCCCGCGUGUACCCUCCCAACGGGUCCGGUAAGAGCUCCCUGGCGGCUGCCCGCGUGUACCCUCCCAACGGGUCCGGUAUGAGCUCCCUGGCGGCUGCCCCCGUGUACCCUCCCAACGGGUCCGGUAAGAGCUCCCUGGCGGCUGCCCGCGUGUACCCUCCCAACGGGUCCGGUAAGAGCUCCCUGGCGGCUGCCCGCGUGUACCCUCCCAACGGGUCCGGUAAGAGCUCCCUGGCGGCUGCCCGCGUGUACCCUCCCAACGGGUCCGGUAUGAGCUUCCUGGCGGCUGCCCGCGUGUACCCUCCCAACGGGUCCGGUAUGAGCUCCCUGGCGGCUGCCCCCGUGUACCCUCCCAACGGGUCCGAGCUCUCCCUGGCGGCUGCCCGCGUGUACCCUCCCAACGGGUCCGGUAAGAGCUCCCUGGCGGCUGCCCGCGUGUACCCUCCCAACGGGUCCGGUAAGAGCUCCCUGGCGGCGGCCCGCGUGUACCCUCCCAACGGGUCCGGUAAGAGCUCCCUGGCGGCUGCCCCCGUGUACCCUCCCAACGGGUCCGGUAAGAGCUCCCUGGCGGCUGCCCGCGUGUACCCUCCCAACGGGUCCGAGCUCCCUGGCGGCGGCCCGCGGUACCCUCCCAACGGGUCCGGUAAGAGCUCCCUGGCGGCUGCCCGCGUGUACCCUCCCAACGGGUCCGGUAAGAGCUCCCUGGCGGCGGCCCGCGUGUACCCUCCCAACGGGUCCGGUAAGAGCUCCCUGGCGGCGGCCCGCGUGUACCCUCCCAACGGGUCCGGUAAGAGCUCCCUGGCGGCUGCCCGCGUGUACCCUCCCAACGGGUCCGGUAAGAGCUCCCUGGCGGCUGCCCGCGUGUACCCUCCCAACGGGUCCAGCUCCCUGGCGGCUGCCCGCAUGUACCCUCCCAACGGGUCCGGUAAGAGCUCCCUGGCGGCUGCCCGCGUGUACCCUCCCAACGGGUCCGGUAAGAGCUCCCUGGCGGCUGCCCCCGUGUACCCUCUCAACGGGUCCGGUAAGAGCUCCCUGGCGGCGGCCCCCGUGUACCCUCCCAACGGGUCCGGUAAGAGCUCCCUGGCGGCUGCCCGCGUGUACCCUCCCAACGGGUCCGGUAAGAGCUCCCUGGCGGCUGCCCGCGUGUACCCUCCCAACGGGUCCGGUAAGAGCUCCCUGGCGGCUGCCCGCGUGUACCCUCCCAACGGUCCG